AUGGCUUUCGCAUUUGAUGGACGUAUGGCAAUCAUAGCUGGUGGCCUUGGCGGACUUGGUUCCUCAAUUGCCCAUCGUCUCCACGCCCGGGGGGCAUCUGUGGCCCUUCUCUACGCCCCGUUUGAACGGGAUCGUGUGGUGGACACGCUGAAGCGGGUGUUUGGUUCCGACAAGCCUGAAAGGGUGUGGGCGUUGGAAUGCGACAUCACCUCGGAGGCCUCCGUCAAAGACGUCUUGGGCAAGGCCGGGACACUUGCAGAGGCCGCCGCGUUUGAGGCCUUCCCAAGUAUACUGAUCAAUGCAGCGGGCUACGUCUCCGUUCAGCCUCUGGAAGAGACCUCGGCGGACGAGGCGAUGAAGAAUUUGCUGCCGAAUCUUUUGGGCCCCUUCAAUUGCAGUAAUGCUUUCUUCCACCUCUAUCAGUUCAGAGCCUCCCGAUUUGAGGGGACUCCGCCUGCCGGCCGAAUCGUCAGCAUCGCGUCACAAGCCGCCCACGUCGCCCUCGAUGGUCACGGUGCCUACUGCGCCUCCAAGGCCGGGCUGUUAGGCCUUACCCGGUGCAUGGCGUCUGAAUGGGGGCCCAAGGGCAUUACCGCCAAUACGGUUUCGCCGACGGUGACCUGGACCCCCUUAGCCGCAAAGGCGUGGGCCGAUGAAGACAAGAAAGCGAAGCAUUUAUCCGAGAUCCCCACGGGAAGAUUUGCGGUCCCCGAGGAGGUGGCCAGCGCGAUCGAAUUCCUCUGUAGCGAUGAGAGUGGCAUGAUCAACGGGGCAGACAUCAGGGUUGAUGGCGGGUUUACGAUACGGUAA